UCAAAAUCUUUUUUUUCAGAAAUUCCAAGUAUCUUUCUUUUCCUUUAAAUACCCACAAACCACAUUGCUUUUUCUUUACACUUUGAUUCUUGAUUCUUCUCUUGUUUCUUGCAUCUUCUUCUACCUCCUUUUAUUAUCCUUAUAUUGUCAAGUGAAAAGGAAAAAAAAGAAAAGAAUGGAUUUUUAUGCAUCUUCUUCAACAGAGGAACCCCAUGUUCUAGCUGUGGAUGACAAUCUUGUUGAUCGUAAACUUGUUGAGAGAUUGCUCAAGAAAUCCUCUUGCAAAGUGACUACUGCAGAAAAUGGUCUGAGGGCCUUGGAGUACUUGGGUUUGGGAGCUGAUCAGGAGCAUUCUAUAAAUGGCAAUGAUUCACAGGUUAAUAUGAUAAUAACAGAUUACUGCAUGCCAGGAAUGACUGGUUAUGAGCUGCUUAAGAAAAUCAAGGAAUCGUCGAUUUUGAAGGAUGUACCAGUUGUGAUUAUGUCAUCUGAGAACAUUCCAACUCGAAUUGAUCAAUGCUUAGAAGAAGGAGCUCAGAUGUUCAUGCUAAAGCCUCUGAAACACUCGGAUGUCAAGAGAUUACGAUGUCAACUAAUGCAAUGCCAAGGAUGAAGUGAUCCUCCUUAUUACUAUCUUCUAUUCUAAACGAUUUGAAAAAAGAAGCUGAGAAUGGUUUUGCAUACACAGAACUAAUUUGUUGGGAUUUGGUAUCAUUUCUAAGUUAGUUAAAGGCUUGUAGCAUCAAGGGAUGCAUAUUCCCUUUUUGUCCACCGUAAUAAUUUUCUGAUUUCUUGAUUGUUGUUCAUCAGAAUUGUCAAUACUAGCUAAUGUCUGGAAUAUUCUUCUUCUGAAUUUCAUCACCACUUUGAACACCA